UGUGAUGAAGCACAGCCCACGUGCGAAAGUUGCAUGCGCGAUGAUCGUACCUGCACGUAUCAAAGGCCACCAGACUCAGCCCGACGCACAGUAUCCAGCCAAUCAACAGAUGCUAUUUCCGAAACUACAUCGUACACAGGAAUUCCUAUGUCGCAAGGUGUAUCGAGUACAAUGGAACACAGCAAUACAACGUCACCAUCCGUCACGACUUCCUUGGACCCGCGCUUCCUGUCUCCAAUAACGUCCUCACUGCAGAGCUCAGACCUUUCAUUCAACCUACGCCAUAUGCAGUUGUUUAGUCAUUUCAUCUUCGAGACGUUGCCAAGCCUCGCAGAAACGGGGUCGGUGGACCAUAACCAAACACGUACCAUGAUGCCGAUGAUGCUCUCACAGCUGUACACCCUGUACCAACUUCUGGCCCUGUCUGCCAUGCAUAUGAGUUACACACACAUGGAAGAGGCAAGCCGGCAUCUUGAGGAAGCUAGAACUCUCCAGACCCAGGCUUUGUGCGCGUUCAACGAUGCUCAUAUGGAAGUUACAGUAGAGAACUGCGUGCCCAUGUUGUCAUUCUCUACCUUCAUUGGCUUGCACGCCCUUGCUGAGGUCGCUGGAAAUGCCGAUGCGGGUGCGGGCGGGGUCUUGGACGGGUUCGUCACGUACAUGAACUUGCAUCGAGGGGUUCGAGCUAUUAUCUCGCAAUCCUGGACUUUCCUAAACCAAACCAGCGUUGCCUCCAUCAUAGAAUGCGCAGAGAACGCGAUCAACCAUGCAUCGUUUUCCCAUCGGGAAACAGCAGUAGCAGUCGCCCACCGCUUGCACACCUUGCUAGACCAAGCGGACAUGAGCGAGCGUUCUCGACAAGUCUGUCGUGUGGCUGCAUCCCAGCUGAAUAUUGUUUACCAGACAGAUUCGGACUCAGCAGCGCCUGGAUCUGGUUUGAUUUGGGUGUGGCCUAUCAACCUGUCUAGCGAGUUCACGGAUCUGUUGUCCAUGCGCAAACCGGAAGCACUGAUCAUCCUUGCCCACUACGCGGUGCUGCUGCAUCGCCGGAGACGCGUGUGGCUUGUCGGCAAUGUCGGCGGGAUACUAAUCCAAGAAAUUUCCAAGUUUUUGGGUACCUUCUGGAAGACUUGGCUCGAUUGGCCGAAUGAGAUAAUAGCGCAACACCAGGGCGAUACGUCGUAG